AUGCCACCCGCACCUACGAAGCCGCAGACAAUCGGCUCGCGCGCCCCAUUCGACCCAGACGAGUUCUUGUCGUCAUGGAGCCUAGAACUACUCCCUCAAGAUGACGAUCUCCGUGGCUCCCUCACAAAAGCUUUCAAUCUUCCGGCAAAGGAUAGCUACGUAUACCGCGCCACCGCAGAGGUCACCCUAGACCAGGUGCAACAUGCGAUUGGCUUCGGCGGCCAGCACGGCCUGCAUGGCUGGUAUGUCGACGACGAGAACAAACCAAUCCCGCCACCUCCCAGCACAGACAUAGCCGCAUACACAAACAUCUUCUCCCCAAGCACCUCGACCGCCUCCGCCCUGCGUGGCCUGGCCUCCAACGCGAAGAAAGACUCGCUCCGCGCCGCCAUCGCCGCGCACCUACAAUCGCAAUUCCACCUCGCGUCCCCCACCGCCGACACCGCCACCACCACCACCACCACGACCCCGCUCACGCUCACGCUCCCCAACAAGCGCAAGCAGCCGCUCGCGAACCCAUACUACGACUACUGGGCGUGGUCGUGCCGGGCGCUCGAGUGGGCGGGGCCGUGGCCGGGCACGGCGCAGACGCGCAUCUCGCACCACGUGCUGCCCGUCUUCUACCACCACUUCGGGUGCGCGGUGCCGACGUGGGACGCGCUGUCGGCGGUCGCGCAGCUGACGCAGCACGCGCCGCCGGCGCCGCGGCCCAAGCGGUGGCCGGGGCGCGAGGUCGUCGAGAUCGGGUCGGGCAACGGGUACUGGGCGCUGCAGCUGCGGCGCGCGGCCGGGUGUCGCGUCGCGGCCGUGGACAAUGCGCACAGCGAGUGGCGGACCAUGUGGAUCGGGGACACGGUGUGGAUGGAUGGGGUGGAGUUUCUGGAGGGCCGCGGCGGCGCGAGGGAGGAUGUGCUGUUGUUGGUGUAUCCACAGGUCGGUGCGGAUUUCACGGGGAGGGUGUUGAGGGCGUAUCGGGGGGAUUACGUGGUGGUUGCGGGGACGCAGAACCGGAAUGGCUUCACUGGGUUCAAGGACGAGACGAUUGCGGAGUGGAUGGCGAGGGAGAGGAAGGAGUUUGAGCGAGUCGCGCAGGUGCCGCUGCCGAGUUUUGCUGGAAAGGACGAGGCGCUGUUUGUGUUUGUGAGGAGGAGGUAG